AAUGCAUCAUCGUGUGUCAUAUCCUCAUUCGCGUUACUGCGUAUUUCUUCAUAGAAAAAAAUCACCUUUUCCUUUUAAGAUGACGCCAUGGCUGAUGGCAUUCUUCUGUCUGGCAACCGCCGGCUGCUCGAACGUCACGGACCAGCAAACAUCGGAAACGCAUCAUGAUCAUCAAGUGGCGAUCUUGAAGCAGAUCAGAAAGGUGAACGAAGACGGUUCUUAUACAUAUGGUUACGAAGCCGGCGAUGGAUCAUUCAAGGUCGAGAGUCGCGAUGUUCUGGGCAACAUUAAAGGCACAUUCGGCUUCGUCGAUGCCGAUGGUGAAAUAAAAAGGGUUUCAUACUCUUCGUCAAAUGGAACGGGUUUCAAAGCGACUACCAUGUCGCCAUUACAGGAACACGUGUCGGUCGUGCAAAGUAUACCGCGCCUCAAUCGUACGUUAACGACAAAAAAACCGAACAUUGUAUACGCCACGACGACAGAGUCGUCAACUAAGUCAUCGGUAGUACAGUCGAUUCCUCGAACGAGAAAACCGACUACUAGUACUACCACGACGACGACGACGACCACUACCACAGAGGUGCCAAAAACGAUAUUUGGGCAUUAUUUGAAGGGCACGUCCAAGAGCAGACCACGUUUCAUUAUUAAUGGCCAGCAGAGACCGAUCGUGAUAGAAGAUAUUGAAGAUGAAGAUUCACAGAUCAAUCGACCCAGUACGGAUGACAAGAGCGGCACUUAUCGAAGGAUUAUUUUCGCCAAGCGACCGAUCGAGCACAGCCUCCCGCCGAUCUCUGAGGAUUUCGUAGAGAAAGAAGACGAGGUCAAAAUCACAACGGGGAAUAGCUUGAGAAGACAAUUGCACGAUGAGACAACUAAAUCAACUUCCGGCAUUGCAGAUAACAACGACGAUCAUCCCGACGUUUACGGUGGUUCUUUAUCCACAACACGUCCUUUGUUCACCACGACAGCUCCAUCACGUGUUCUCCAGAGAGUUUCCAGUACUUCGCGUCCAGAACGACCAAAGUUCUAUGUCAAUCGUCAGGAGAAUCUAGGGGCAGGUCGAUUCGAUAGUCCAAAAUACGAAGGUCCUCGAACUUUCGAGACGGAAACGAAAUCUCCCGAGGAAGAACGCACGACAACUCAGCAGAUCUUGCUUCGCAGUACUACGGCCAGAGUACCGACGGAGAAUCGAGACUACGUCAGACAGGGAACUGAGCCAAUCUUCGUGAGACAGCAGCCCGAGUAUUUGCGGGAAUUGCCAUCUAGAAUACUCGUGCAGGCCCAACAGGGCAAUCUCGAGGAGGACGGGAUCUACAGAGCGAUACCGAUAGGCAGAAUUCUGUUACGGCCUCCUCCGAACAAUCAGCAGUCAGUUUAUUCCACCACAACGGAUUCCAACAUUCACUACCUGACAGAAAAUCCCUUACCCGAUCCCGAAGAUGAAGCGCGGAUCGCGAUGAACGCAAACUACGGGCGUCCGCGUCCCAUGAUGCGGCCGCUGAUUUAUCCGGAUCCCGAACAGAGAGCACGGCCGAUCCUUCGGCCGAUUCCGAAUCCGGUAGUUCCUGAUGAUAGAGACUAUUCGACGACCACGCCCGAGUAUCCCUACCGGGCUGGCGCAUUACCGCUGCCUCCGGAGCCUCCGAACCCGAUCGCGCCGCCUCUGAGUCGUCGAGACUUCCAGACGUUGUUGAGGAGACUGUUGGUGAGCCAAUACGGCGUGCAAGCUCUGUCGUAUCCUAAAAGUUAUCUCGAGGAUGCUCUGUACGAUCAACAACCAUAUCCUUCGUAUCCGGCGGGCUAUCAGGCGCCACUUCCGAGACCUGAAAUCGCGUACGAUCAACAGGCACAAUACGGUGAUCGAGUGUCCUUGAGACGUCCGAUGUAUCCUCGGGCUCUGAGCCCAAUUUAUCAUCAUCAGUAUGACGACUACCAAGACAGAUAUCCCAAGAGAGUGUACAGACAGAAAUUCUACACGCAGGACAUAGCCGACGAUGGCGACGAAAUUUUGCCAGCACCUAUCAGAGAAGCCCUGCUGCUGCGAAUGGUAAAUCUAGCAAUCAAUACUGAACGAUCGACGAUAAUGCCGGCAUCCAUGAUGACCACCACGACACCAGCGUCGAGAUACAGAAAGACGGGACCAGUCAGAAGCGUGCAGAUUAUUACAGACGACGACGAGGAAGAAAAGGACAUGAGGAAGAAGAUGUAAACAACGAGUAGUUAGAGUUAGGAAUUUCUUACGAAGAAAUAUUACUCGUUACAAGUAUAAAAUACGAGUUAAAUUAUUGUAGAAUUUAAAGUAAAGUUGUUAUUUUUACACGGAUUUUUUUAUAAAGUGACAAAAAAUUCGACGAAAGUCAACGGAACAAUCACGAAUAUGCUUUCAGUAAUAUGUCUUCAAAUUACGUUACAUUUUUACCAUUACUAAUUAUCCUUGAACGAUAUCAAUUUCUCACGGCAGCAUAUUUAAGCACAGCGAAGCUUAUGUCAACGGUAAUCUUUUUUUUGUAGUGGACGAAUGGAUAUGUCCAUAUGCGCGUAAGGAUCAACGUUUCACACGCAAUGGACGCAUUCGUGUCGUUAAUGAAUCGAAUCGGUUUCGCGAAAGGGAAAUCGUCGCUAUGCGGCCCGACUGAUUUUCUGCACGACAGCUUCCUAACAUCUGUCAUCGCGCAUAUAUUUACGUACACUAGAGUAGAUGCAUCAAUGUACGGCCAAAGAAAUAUUGUUAGAUAAUUAAAUUUCUUUCCUAAAGUAAAAUAUUAUUUUCUCAUACAAUUAUCUUUCAGGUAUCGCAUGAAAUUUAAUUUUUCUCACGGUGUUGAGAUUUGCGUCAAAACCAACUGUUUAAAAUAAAUAAUGAGGGAAGAAUAUUGCAUUGACAAAAUCACCAGCGAAUAGCAUUUUCAGCUAUAGGCGAUAGCUUUAAUUUACAAUUACGCAAUAAUCACAUUUUAAUAACUACUUGUCAUUAUUCACUUGUUUGAAAAAUAUAUUUGCAUCGCUUAAAUGCAAAUUUUCUUAGAAAUCGAAAAAUCGGGCAUUUGCCGGUCGAUCGCGGAUGCAUUUAUUCUAGUUGAUUAUUCAAAAGAAAUCUUACAAGAUAUAUUUUCCGUUAAAAUGCGGGGGAGCGCCUGCGAAAGCUCUAGAUCUUAAGGCAUCUCUAGGCAUAUUCCCUGCUUACGACUGUAAAUACGACGUUACGUAAGAGACUAGUGUGAUAUAUACGCAUCGAAAUAAAGAAAGAGUCGGACGGUA